CUCCAGUUUGUCUCUUCAUCCCGUUCCAUCCCCCCUUACAGUCUCACACAAUGGCAGACGCAGGCCUUCCUCAAGGAUGGGAAGUUCGUCACAGUAACUCCAAAAACCUCCCUUAUUACUUCAACGAGUCGCAGAAACAGUCAAGAUGGGAACCGCCGCAAGGAACCGAUACCGAGAAGCUGAAGAACUACAUGGCCGAGCAUCAUAGUGCGCUCGAGAUCAGACCCGGUGCUCAGGCAAACGGCAACGCAGGACAUUCGGACAAGAUUCGUGCGAGUCACUUGCUGGUUAAGCAUAGGGAUAGUCGGAGACCCAGCAGUUGGCGUGAGGCUGAGAUCAAGCGCUCGAAGGAAGAGGCUAUGAGUAUUAUUCUUGGACAUGAAGCUCGUAUCAGAAGCGGCCAAACAACCUUGGGUCAACUUGCCGUUAGUGAGUCGGAUUGCAGCAGUGCGAGGAAGAUGGGCGACUUGGGUUUCUUUGGCAAAGGAGAUAUGCAAAAGGAGUUCGAGGAAGCUGCUUUCCAACUCAAGCCUGGACAGGUGAGCGGUGUUGUCCAGACUGCUUCUGGACUGCAUCUCAUUGAGAGACUCGAGUAAAGCGUGUCACCAUUAUAUGAAUUUCAAUCAUUUCAUUUUGGGGCCGGUCUUUAUAUUGCUGGGCAAUCAAAUCCUGGCUGGUCGUGGCUGUACGUUGAAUUAAAAGCGCUUACAUUUAUCAAUAUUAUGGACAUUCACUCGGG